AUGGCCUUAUUGAUCUCUGCCCCCAAAGUCCUCUUUGAUGGCACCCUUGCACAGCAAAAGAAGGGUCCAGCAGAUUACAUUCAGGAAGCCCUGACACCCGGUCAUUUGAAAAAGGCUAAGCUGAUGUUUUUCUUCUCUCGGUAUCCCACAUCUUCUCUGCUGAGAGCCUAUUUUCUGGAUGUCCAGUUCACCCGCUGCAUCACUUCCCAGCUGAUCAAGUGGUUUAGCAACUUCCGUGAAUUUUAUUACAUCCAGAUGGAAAAGUGUGCCAGGCAAGCCCUCUUGGAAGGGGUGGCGGAUUCCAGCCGCCUCCUUGUGACCAGAGGCUCAGAGCUCUUCCGGAUCCUGAAUGUGCACUACAACAAAGGGAAUGAUUUUGAGGUUCCUGAUGCUUUCCUGGAUGUUGCCAGCCUGACCCUUCAGGAGUUCUUUAAUGCCGUCAGGGAAGGAAAGGACUUGGACCCUUCCUGGAAAAAGCCGAUUUACAAAAUAAUUUCUAAACUGGAUAGUGAGAUCCCAGAUGCAUUUAAAUCCUCCAAUUGCCCCAAGGAAUUACUCUAAGAUUAAUAUAAUGCUAUCAUGGCACCUGACGUGUGAGUGUGAGAUGUUGUGGUCCUUUGAGUCAAAUGUGGUCAGAAUUAAAGUGAAACUUCAAUUGCGUGCACAAGAUGAAACCUGAAUUCACCAAGGCCCCUUCCACACUGCCACAUAAUCUGGAUUAUCAAAGCAGAUAAUGCACAUUAUCUGAUUUGAACUGGAUUAUAUAAGUACACUGCCAUAUAAUCCAGUUCAAAGCAGAUAAUUUGGAUUUAUAUGGCAGUGUAGAAGGGGACUGAAAGAUGAUAGUAUAAUCAAUACUCCUAAUACUAUUUGGAGUAAAAUACAUAGUUGCAGCUAGGAACUUCCUAUUUCUCUCUGCUGGCCCCUAAUGGUUCUAUAGCCAAUAUUAUUCUCCAUAUACAUAAAACACGCACACACACACACACACACACACACACACACAAUACAAAGUACAACCUUUGUAUCUACAUGGGAUCUGUGGUUUCAUAUAUCCCUGUCUGACAAAAUAUGACCUUGCUAGGCAUUUUUGAGGUCCCCUGGUGUGACUUUAUGGUUUUCUUGCGCCAGAAGUACUUCAUUUCAAUAGAGCUUGCUAUUGCCCAUGGCCUUGUGUAUCCAGACACAUUCUUGGAACAAAUUCCCCAUGGAUAUAAGGGCCAGCCUGUAAUGUUAAGCUAUGCUGUAGUCUUAUAGUUUCUUGGCCUAGCAAAAGUCAGGCAUGACCAAGUUUCAGUAAAAGCAAUGAAACUAAAAUAUACUCUUAAAUGCAGUGUAGAAGGGCCUUAGUUUACUUCAGUUACUGCAAACUGAGGCCCCUUCUACACAGCUGAAUCCCACAUUAUCUGCUUUGAACUGGAAUAUAUGGCAGUGAGUUCUCAGAUAACCCAGUUCAACGCAGAUAUCAUGGGAUUUUGUGCCUUGAUAAUCUGGGCUAUAUGGCUGUGUGGAAGGGCCCUGAGUUCAAAGUACAAAAUAAUGUUUGCCCAGUGAACUCAUCCAAAAAGUGUGGAAUCUUGUCCUUCCCAAUAGAUUCCAAACUUCUAUGUUCUUCCUCAUUGUCAGGUUUUCCAGCCAUCUAACCAUUGAUUUCAAAGAAAAGUCUUUCAAAUAGUACUUCUAUUUCUUAACAAACAGCAAGAUGAUGACACUCUUUAUCACAACUGAACGAUCUCUACAAACCAUCCUUGGUUUUGCAUCAGUCAAACCCUUUCCGCUUUGUUCCAAUGUGAGAAAGAUUCAGUUUCCCAGUUUCAUCUAAACUUAAGUGUAAACAGACUUUUAUUGCUUCAUCUGGUCACUUUUGAUUAUCUGAACCAAAUGUUUUGGAUCAAUGCUCUUCCAUAAACCUUAUAUGUUUCCAUAUAGUGUAUGUAUAUAUACAAUAGCUGUGUUCCAUGUUGGCUUUAUGGCAUGACUUCAAAGGAGUUGCGAAACUCGUUCUUAUUUUUUGACCUCACUCUGAUGUUGCUUGUCCACAAGUGUUCUCGUUUUCGUCUGUGAAAUGUUGGAGAGUAUGCAAUCUGUUGUUGUUGUUGUUGUUGUGACUUCGAGUUGUUUCCAAUUCAUGGUGACCCUAAGGCCGGCCUGGGCAAACUUGGGCCCUCCAGGUGUU